UGAACAUCAAAACAACAACAUAAAAACGUGUGCUUGGGAUUUUGAACAGUGGAAAUUUGGAUUCGAAAAUAUAUUAGAUUCAUAUGAAUAUGAGAGACGCUUCAAAAUGACCGACAAAAAAUUGGACAUAACAUUGGAAUUUGGUGGUGGUGCAGAAUUUUUGUUCAAUAAAAUCAAGAAGCAUGAGGUGUCAUUGGAUGGGAAGAAAGUUCAGACUAUCCGUGAUCUUCUCACGUGGAUGAAAGAAAACAUUUUGACUGAACGUCCGGAAUUAUUCAUUCAAGACGGAUCAGUACGGCCAGGUAUUUUGGUACUGAUAAACGAUGCUGACUGGGAAUUAAUGGGCGAACUAGAGUACGAAAUCCAACCGAAAGACAAUAUUCUUUUCAUAUCAACACUUCAUGGUGGUUGAGAGGGUGGUAUUAAAAACGAGCAACGAAUUGAACAAAAAUAAAAUCAUUUCAAUCGCCGCUCGAGUAUAGUACAUAUAUUGUGCAUCUUUGUACGUUUAAAGUUGAGAAGUGAUAGAAAUAAACAACAGCAGAAACAACAAAAAGCAACAAACAAAAAAAAA